AUGGCACUAAUUAAUAAAAGUCACCCAGAAGAAUUUAUUCUACUAGGCUUCGCAGAUCAUCCUUGGCUAGAACUUCCUCUCUUUGUUACUCUUCUAAUCACAUACCCUAUGGCCAUGCUAGGAAACAUUGCCAUCAUUUUGGUGUCCACGUUAGACCCCCAGCUCCACAGUCCUAUGUAUUUUUUCCUCACUAAUCUCUCCUUUUUGGACAUGUGUUAUACCACAAGCAUUGUCCCUCAGAUGCUGGUUAACCUGGGAAGCUCAAAGAAGACAAUCAGCUAUAUGGGCUGUGCAGUUCAGCUCUAUUUUUUCCACAUGAUGGGUGGCACAGAAUGUCUGCUCUUGGCUGUUAUGUCUUUGGAUCGCUAUGUGGCCAUCUGUAGGCCAUUACACUACACCAUCAUUAUGAAUUUGCGAAUCUGCAUCCUCUUAGUAUCUGUUGUGUGGCUGACUGGAAUGACCUAUGCUAUCUCAGAGGCUACUGUUACAUUACAGCUGCCCCUCUGUGGUAUCAACAAGCUAGAUCAUUUAUUAUGUGAGAUUCCUGUUCUGAUAAAGAUUGCCUGUGGUGAAAAGCAUGCUAAUGAGCUCACACUCUUUGUAGUCUGUCUUUUUCUUUUAGCUGUUCCACUCUGCUUAAUCCUUGCUUCCUAUGCUUGCAUUGGACAAGCUGUGUUGAAGAUUAAGUCUUCUGAGGGAAGAAAAAAGGCUUUGGGAACAUGUUCUUCCCACCUCGUUGUUGUUUUCUUAUUUUAUGGCCCUGGCAUUAGCAUGUACCUUCAGCCUCCCUCCUCCAUCACAAGAGACCAGCCCAAAUUAAUGGCUCUCUUUUAUGGAGUAGUGACCCCUACACUCAACCCCUUCAUCUACACCCUUAGGAAUAAAGAUGUGAAGGGGGCUUUAGGCAACCUGUUGAGGAGGAUUUUCAGUUCUAUGUGA